AUGAAAACUGAGUCACGUCAAGCUUUAGUAAAUGAUUUAAAUGCUCUAAUACAGAACUUAGAACCUAAUUCAAAAGAAGCUAAUAAGGUCUGUCAUUCAUCCUGUGUAUGCACAGUGUUUUUCAUGAUUAAUGAGUUUCUAUACAAUUUUUUUCAUGAAACAUGA